GCCGCCGAGACGCCAGAACAAUUCGUGCCGCGUGCGCGUUCGUGCAAAUCGCUGGCAAUUCACAAUAAACGCCAACCACAAACUCGCAAAAUAAAAAAUACAAAAAAAAUACGAAAAAGAAUUACACCGAAAACAAACACAAAACCAUACAAAAAACCAAAUAAAAAUUCGGUAAAAAACGAGAGAGAAAUACAAAAACAACUACAAAAAGAAGAAGGAAAUAAACUGAUAAUGCUGCGAGAGGUGCAACAAAGACGUACCGCUGUCAACUACAGCCGGCUCUGGAUGUUGCCCCUGUUGGGCCUAUGCAUCGCCAGCUUUGGUCUCCGCUGCGAUGCACGUGCGGUGAACGUGAGCAACACCUGGACAAUGCCACAGGAGGGCCUGAAUGUGUUCUAUCGCUUCUUUCGUGAUCGCAUCUCGUGGUUCGAGGCUGACGCCGUUUGCCAGUUCCAUCAUGCCAAUCUGGUGACAGUCGACAACAGUUUUCAAUUUGAUGCAACGCGCGACCUGCUGAGGGAAUUGGAUGUGAACGACAUCGUUUGGAUUGGUCUCAUGCGACCGCAGAACUCGGAUCAUUUUAUGUGGUCCAACUCACGUCCCUUGGUUGCGGAUACCGGCUAUUGGGCCGAAUCGUUGCCCCUCAUGGAUGCUCCGCUGUGCGCUGUCAUCGAUCCCAUACGCGACUAUCGAUGGCACGCACUGCGUUGUGGCGGACCGGAAACCGCUUCGUUCCUCUGCGAGAUGCCCGUUCCUAGCUGGGCCGACGCUUGCAUAUUGAAGGAGAUGCCCAAUCUGACGAUGCAGUAUAUGGCGGACACGGCGAGCAUUGAGCUGAUCCGGAACUGCCAGGAGGAGGGACUCUUGCGACACACUUGUCGCGGCAAGGAGGAUCGUGAACGUGCCAUUCGUGAGCUGAUCUGCCCGAAGGAACGUCUGGAGGCGCAACGCAUCAAUGACAUCACCAACUCGCACUUCAAGUCGCUGCAAAUCAUCAACAACAUACGCACCGACAACAACGAGAACAACGACAUCGAACUGUUGCCCCUGGUGCCCAAUUACGGAGGCAGUGCCCUCAAGCUUGAGGUGGCCACCGCAGCUCCAGCUCCAGCUGCCGCAGGAGAACACUUCAGCCUCGACAAGCUAAUGCUGGCCGAUGGCCCAGUGGCACACUAUCAUAUACCGGAUGAGGUGCCGAUGCCGGUCAAGAAAUCGGCCAAGAAGGUGAAUGCACACGAUUAUCAGGCCAAGAAGUUGAAGCAGCAACAGCAACAGGAGAAGCAACUGCUGCUGGAGAAACAGUUGCAGAUGGAGAAGCAACAGCAGCAACAACAGCAGCAACAGGAGCAGGAGGAGAAGCCAUUGUCGUAUCUGGACAUGAUGAUGGGCGACCAGCCGGCGUUGAGUGAGGAGCAAUUGCCGGAGGAUGUCAGCGACAGCGAUGUGUCCAAUGAGAUACUCGAGGCGUUGCCGCACAAGAAGAAGACAUUGCCACAGGAUUUGCGCACGAUGGCGCCAAUACCGGAGGAAACAUUGGCAACCACAACAACAGUUGCACCUUUGCCAACCACUAAGAAAGCAAUAGCUACCAAGAAGACAACAACAACAACUACAACUACUACAACAACAGCUGCACCGCCAACAACAACCGAGACAGCGCCGGCAACAACAACAGCAGCAACAACUGUAACUACAACUACAAUUGCAGCGCCAGUAACAACACCAGCAGCAGCAACCACUACAGCAGCAGGAGCAAUUGCAUCCACAACCGAAGCAGCAAGUGUCACAACAACAACAACAGCAGCAACAACUGUAGGCAUCAGCAGCAGCAGCAACACACCAGCGGCAACGACAACAACCAAAUCAACGGCGCCAUUAACGACAGCAACAACAAAAGCAACCACUGAAAUCAACAUAAUGUCAUCAACAAGCAAAACAACAACAUCGACAUCGCCAUCGACAACAACAACAACAACUACAACUACAACAGCAGCACCAGCGACAACAACAACGGAAACGGAGGCGGUAGCAACUACAGUUGUCGCCAACUCUAACAGCAACAUCAACAUGAAUCCGGCGCCGACAACAGCAGCAACAGCAGCAGCAAUGCCGAUAGCAACGUCGACGGUCAGCAUCGCACAUCCGAUACAUCCGGCACAGCAGCAACGCGUUGAUGAGCUGCUGCUACCCCAGCAUCCACACAUUAAGGAAACGGCGGACAAUUCGCAUUUCAUACCACCAAUGUUGCUAGUCAAGUCACACUAUGUGCCGCCAGCCAAACACGGCGAGCACUCGGAGCACUUGGAGCAUGGCGAACAUGUUGAGCAUGGCGAGCACAAGUUGGAGCACAAGCUGGAGCACGUAGAGCACAUUACAACAACUCCGUUGCCGGUGACAACAACCGUGAAGAUAGCGGCAACAACAACAACCGCUAAGCCAGCAACAACAUCAACAAUCACAGCAACAACAACAACGGCAGCAGUAAGAGAGUCUGAAAUGUCAACAUCGAGUGGCAUCAAUGUUGCUGGUGUGACAGCAACAGCAGCGCCAUCAUCACCAACAAUAACAACAACAACAGCAGCAACAACAACCAUUGCCAGUAGCACAUCAGCAACAACAGCAACGCCAAAAUUGCUGACCACUGAGAUGCCUCAUCUGCCUUCAACGACCACAACAAAACAACCAGCCACAUCUAAUGAAAAUAGUUCAAAUGCAACCACAGCAGCAGCAGCAGUCUCAACAACAUCAACAGCAGCACCAACAACAACAUCAUCAGCAGCAGCAGCUUCAACUCAAAUGAAAACUGAUACCAAGAAGCGAGUGCAAAGCGAAGAGUCAGAGUCAGAGCCAGAGGCGGAGGUGGCUGCUGCUGCUGCGGCUGCAGCUGCCACUGAUAGUGAUGCUACUGAUGAUGAUGAUAAUGAUGAAAUUGAUGCAAGAGGCGCCACAACAGCACGACACAACUUCCUACAGGAGGAAACUGAGGCGCCAUUUAAGCCAAAUCGACGACGCUCGCUAACAAAACCGGAAACUGUUAGCUAUUUCAAGAAGAUCUUGGGCUAAACUGUAACUGAACCAACCGACUUUUACAGUUAGCACACAUUUCCGUUAGCAGCAGCAGCAACAUCGACACCAACAAC